AUGGCUUCAUCUUCAAAACUGUCUCCUACAGAUGCGGGAGGUCUACGUUGUCUCUUCUUCCUCGAAUGCUCACGUCUCAUCGAGCAACGCGAGUUUGAGCGUCGACGCUUCGGCGAUUCUUCUCAAGACCUCAAGCGGGCGAUUACAUAUGAGAUGGACUUCACAGGAGACCGACAGGAGCGUGCCAACUAUGCUUUCAUCCUUGUUACUGUCAUUUUCUUGCCUAUCCGCGCAGUUUUGAGUAUUUUUGGCGUGAACACGACUGAUGUCCGCGAUAUGAACUACUCACAGUGGCUGUAUUGGGUGGUUGCUAUACCAGUAACGGUCCUCGUUAUUGUCCUAGGACUCUGGUUUAUGGGAGAGUUAGGAAGCCUAGCUCGAUGGUUAUCCGGGCGACCAGGAAAGGGGAUCUACGGCGAACCGCCAGUCAUAUCACAAGCAGUCGAACCGGCGUAUUGGGCGGCUCCCCCAACCACUCAGCUAGCUGCCCAACCGGCAGAGUAUUCAUCGUCCCCAUAUGAGCCGAGGCGUAGACGGGUUCAGGCUCAAGCAAAUUACCCUGCACACCAGAGUCGCAUCUAUCGGUCGCGAUAG